CGGCCAGCUCGUCGCAUACAAAAGACGCGUCGCGGAGCGAGCUGCUCCACCAGCCCGAGCUCCUCCGAUGUCACCCACCUCCUCCACCUCGUCCAUGGACGACCAGCCGCUCCUCCCGCUCGCCCGCGGCGACUACCGCCUCUUCGUCUUCCUCUAACGACACCAUCCAAACACGAGAGGCGACAAGAAUCAGCAUCAGGGCCUUGAUCUAGAGCCGUCCUCGACCAAGAUCCAAGAAGAGGGAGGUUUUUCACCGUGGUGGCAUGUCGGCGGUGGUUGUGCAGGACGUCGUGCCGCCCAUCGAGGCUGCCUCGGCAGCCGAGGUGGAGUGGGCGGCGUGCGCGUGCUGCGGGCUGAGGGAGGAGUGCACUGCGGCGUACGCGGCCGGCGUGCGCGCGCAGUACGCCGGGCGGUGGCUGUGCGGCCUCUGCGCCGACGCCGUGGGCGAGGAGCUCGCUUCGGCUGGCGUCGGGGGAGGAGGAUCGGCCACGGCGGAGGUAGAGGCGGCGAUUGCGAGGCACGCCGCCUUCUGCCGGUCGUCGCCCGCAGCGGCCGAGCGGCUCAUCGCCGCGGUGCGGCGGCUGCUCCGCAGCCAGAGCGGGAGGAAGGCGAAGGCCGUGGUGGUGCUCGAGUUCCAGGAGGCCUGAACCUGAAGCAGAUCGAAGAUCUGUUCGUUCAGAAGCUAGCUUAAAAUUCUCUUCAUCUACAGUACAAUUCAGUAUGCUUUCGUAAUUUAUAUACAUAUAUAGUAUUUAGUUUCUGAAUACUAUCUAGACGCUUAAUUUGGAGACCAAGUCUGCAAUAUCUUCAGCUUAUUUGUGUAAACCUGAUGACAUGAUGGAAGUAAAACCACAUUGUAGAUGACACGAGAAAAAUGUAUAGAUGGAGCUGAGGUCGAAUAAUUCCAGUUUAAGAAAUGUCAAACUAUUGAAUCAAAUAAUGGCAAAGGUAUUGCGUUC